AUGCAGCCGUGCCAAUGCGCAAGGGCGGUUAAAGCCCCAACACGCUUUUUUUUCGUGGGUGGGAAACAGGAAACGUCGGCUGUUUCGGCUCAGCCGACUGCUUGCUUGCUGCUGCUGCUUCGUGGCGGAGGCGGAAAAUCGGUUUUGAAAAGAAAGGUAGUAGUGGGAGAGGGAGAGAGACAGGGCACUAUAAAUCUGCGUGACCUUUUUCAAGUUGCACAGGAACCAUUGUCCAGCUGUGGAUGGAUGUCUGUGUCUGCCAAACAGACAGAAUACCCAGCCGAGAAGACAGUCUAUAUCCGGCCCUGUUCGGAGUUUGGGACAGAGACUCAGACUGUGAUGGGGGCUGUGAAUGCUGUCCGCCACACCCUCAUCUCGGUUUUCCCAGUGAUCAAGGGCUUCAUGCGCCCGGGGAUUGGGUAUCGCAUCUUUCCUCAUUCAAACGGUACGUGGUUGUCGGAUCCUGAUGGCUGUCGCUGCCUCAGAGCAGGGGGAUGUAACGCCCGACACUCGUUGGAAUGGAUCAGUGACUCGCUGGCUUGCAUGGCCAACGGUCGCGGACUCCGGCGGAAAUAUCAGUGCGAAUUCAUGCGUGAAAUCGUGCACAUUCAGACCGGCCAAUGCGGUAACCAAAUCGGCUCCAAGUUCUGGGAGAUCAUCAGUGACGAGCACGGAAUUGACCCAACUGGGGCGUAUCACGGCGAUUCUGAGCUGCAGUUGGAGCGUAUCUCUGUGUAUUACAAUGAAGCUAGCGGUGGAAAGUACGUCCCUCACGAGGUGAGAACAGGAACAUACCGCCAGCUUUUUCACCCUGAGCAGCUGAUCACGGGGAAAGAAGAUGCUGCGAACAAUUACGCUCGUGGUCAUUACACUAUUGGCAAGGAAAUCGUGGAUGUCGUCCUGGACAAGAUUCGUAAAUUGGCCGACCAGUGCACGGGUCUCCAAGGAUUUCUUGUGUUCCAUUCCUUUGGCGGAGGCACCGGGUCAGGUUUCACCUCGUUGCUGAUGGAGCGUCUGUCUGUUGACUAUGGCAAGAAGUCCAAGCUGGAAUUCUCCAUUUAUCCCGCACCCCAGGUAUCCACUGCAGUCGUCGAACCAUACAACUCAAUUCUGACGACGCACACAACAUUAGAACACUCAGACUGCGCCUUCAUGGUCGACAACGAGGCCAUUUAUGACAUUUGCCGGCGAAAUUUGGAUGUGGAACGUCCGUCGUAUACAAACCUAAACCGAAUGAUUGCACAGGUCGUGUCGUCCAUCACGGCUUCGUUGCGAUUCGAUGGCGCACUCAACGUAGAUCUCACCGAAUUCCAGACCAAUUUGGUCCCUUACCCCAGAAUCCACUUCCCUCUGGUCACCUAUGCCCCCAUAAUUUCUGCCGAAAAAGCCUUCCACGAACAGUUGAGUGUGGCUGAAAUCACCAAUGCUUGCUUUGAACCGGUCAACCAAAUGGUCAAGUGUGAUCCCCGACAUGGUAAGUACAUGGCUUGCUGCAUGCUGUACCGAGGAGAUGUUGUCCCGAAGGAUGUGAACGCUGCAAUCGCUGCGAUCAAGACAAAGCGCAGCAUUCAGUUCGUCGACUGGUGUCCGACUGGCUUUAAGGUUGGCAUCAACUAUCAGCCGCCCACGGUUGUGCCGGGUGCUGACCAAGCCAAGGUUGCCCGUGCCGUGUGCAUGUUGUCCAAUACGACUGCCAUUGCCGAGGCCUGGGGUCGUCUGGACCAUAAGUUUGACCUGAUGUAUGCCAAGAGGGCCUUUGUUCACUGGUACGUGGGUGAAGGUAUGGAGGAAGGAGAAUUUGCUGAGGCUCGCGAAGACAUGGCGGCUCUGGAGAAGGACUACGAGGAGAGGGAGGUAAUUUCCGUGCACGUCGGUCAGGCGGGAGUCCAGAUAGGCAAUGCCUGCUGGGAACUCUACUGUAUGGAGCAUGGCAUCACGAAUGACGGGCAUAUGCCUUCAGAGAAGAUGGAUGGCAGUCGUGACGAUUCUUUCAACACAUUCUUCAGCGAAACCGGAGCUGGCAAACACGUUCCCCGCGCUGUGUUCGUUGAUUUGGAGCCAUCUGUUGUCGACGAAGUGAGGACUGGCACGUAUCGUCAGCUAUUCCACCCUGAACAACUUAUCACGGGCAAGGAAGAUGCUGCCAACAACUAUGCUCGAGGACAUUAUACGAUUGGCAAGGAAAUCGUGGACCUGGUGUUGGACCGUUUGCGUCGCCUGUCGGAGCAGUGCACUGGACUGCAGGGCUUCCUUGUGUUCCAUUCAUUUGGAGGUGGCACUGGGUCUGGCUUCACGUCUCUGCUGAUGGAACGUUUGUCAGUCGAUUACGGAAAGAAGUCAAAGCUUGAAUUUUCCAUCUACCCGGCACCUCAGGUAUCAACUGCCGUGGUCGAGCCAUACAAUUCCAUUUUGACGACCCACACAACCUUGGAGCAUUCGGACUGCGCUUUCAUGGUUGAUAACGAGGCCAUUUAUGACAUCUGUCGCCGGAAUUUGGACGUUGAGAGGCCAUCUUACAGUAACCUCAACCGAUUGAUUGCUCAAGUCGUGUCUUCCAUUACGGCUUCCCUGCGUUUCGAUGGUGCCUUGAACGUUGACUUGACCGAGUUCCAGACGAAUCUGGUGCCUUAUCCGAGGAUUCACUUCCCAUUAGUUACCUAUUCGCCGAUUAUUUCAGCUGAGAAAGCUUAUCACGAGCAGCUCAGCGUGUCUGAGAUUACCAAUGCCUGCUUUGAGCCAGUUAAUCAAAUGGUCAAGUGCGAUCCGCGUCAUGGAAAGUACAUGGCUUGUUGCAUGUUGUAUCGAGGAGAUGUCGUGCCGAAGGAUGUGAACGCUGCAAUUGCUGCUAUCAAAACCAAACGCAGCAUUCAGUUCGUCGAUUGGUGUCCAACUGGCUUCAAGGUGGGGAUUAAUUACCAGCCACCGACGGUUGUUCCAGGGGCAGAUCUGGCUAAGGUGGCUCGGGCUGUCUGCAUGUUGUCAAAUACAACGGCCAUUGCUGAAGCCUGGGCACGACUGGAUCACAAGUUUGAUCUGAUGUAUGCAAAGCGUGCAUUUGUGCACUGGUACGUGGGUGAGGGAAUGGAAGAAGGUGAAUUUGCGGAGGCACGAGAAGAUAUGGCUGCGUUGGAGAAAGACUACGAGGAAGUCGGCCUUGACUCAACUGAAGGAGAGGAAGGCGGAGAGGAAUAUUGA